AUGCCUCCUCCGGCAAUGCUAGCUUUUGAGGAUGGUUUAGAAAACGAGUGGAAGGGUUUCACGGUUUUCUCCGGAGAAAACCCUAACCCUAAUUUUAAUUUCUUGGUGAAUAAGGCAAUUCUGGAGAGCGAGAAAUCAACCGGUUCUUCGGCAAGAGACGACAGCUUCAGAAUUGUGUUGCCGCCGGCAAUGCCUCCGCCCAUAGACUCAGCCGUUCCGCUUCCUAUGCUCCCUGAGCCGAUGAGAAUCCAGAAGAAACUUGGCCGCCAAGAAGCAUUCCAUUUUAUGAGGAAAUCUCGUUACUCGGAAGAGAUGAAAGUCUACAAGGAAGAAGAUUUCAAAUGCAAAGUCUUCUGCAUGACAUUACCUGGAUUCGGGAAACACAAACCAGUUAGAUCUUCUUCCAGAGGCCGAGAUUCGAUGGAGAAAAAGAUGAUGAGUGCGUCUUCCUUCACCUACACCACUGUUUCCAUACGCGCUUCGCUGGAGAAGUUCGAAUGCAGUUCUUGGGCAUCAACCACGGCCCUAACGCAUGAUCACGGUCGUAUGUAUUUUGAUUUCCCGGUGGAGAUGAUGAAGUGCAACAGCCGCGGAAACGGAGGGAGAGAUGUGCAAGAACCAGUGACUUCUGGUUUCUUGUUCGAUAGAGAAACAGAGACUAUGGCUUUGAGAAGUGUUUUAAAGACAAGGAGUUCACGGUUGUCGGGAAGAGAUCACCAGCGAUCGGCUGAGACUUCACCACUACGCCGUGUUAGAUUUUCAGACUCUUCUUCAGUCUCGUGCCCUACUUCGCCGCGAUCUUGUAUCAGCCCACGAUUGCGUCAGGCUAGGGAUGAUUUUAAUACCUUCUUGACUGCUCAAAACGCUUGA